AUGAAGAGAAUUCCUUACUAUUUGCUUUGUGAGAUUCUAACUUCAGUAGGUCCUAUAAACGAAGCCUAUCUAUUAUCCUUAGUCUGCAAAGAAUGGUAUCGGGCCAUGAAGAACUCUUUGCACCUUGGAACAUUAAAAGGCCACAAAAUGGGUACAAAAAAAUUUUGGAAAUGCAGGAUGAAAUUUUUAUCACAAUGGAGACUAUACGAGCUAAAUUUUCAAGGCUCUUGCUUGUUUCCUUCAAAAAGUUUUAUUGAAGUCAUAAAUGUUUCACAGCCCAAAAUCCUGAACUUAUCUAGCUGCAAUGUUUCGGACUUUGCAUUGUGAGUCGAUAUAAUCUGCAGCAAGAAGAAGAAAUAUGGAAAUGAAAAUUCAUUCUAUAACGUUGAAGAAUUGAGGAUCACAAAUUUAAAGCGUGGGUAUUAUGACAAAGAUACUUAUAAAUUCAUGGUGUGUAGCAAUUAUAAAACCAUUUUAGAGCUUUUCCCUAAUCUAAAAAAAUACAAAAAUUGCGACACGUGAAGCCUACCAUCUUGGUGCAACAAUCCAGGCCUUAAGGCCACACGGCGAACCGAGAUGGACUCCAAGCACAGAACUAAAUAAUGUGUAUUUGGGUAGGUUUUGACUGCUUUUUUGUAGUUGAAAUGGACAUGCUCAAAAAGUCCUUUGGAUCCGAGGACUCAUGGUCAUUCCUCUACCAAGAAACUGGAGAUUUCGCUCAGGCCACAAGGGAUUAGUCUGUUUCCUAGCUGACGUCGGCAUCCAAUAGGCUACAAGGAGUUGAUUCUUGCAAUCAAACUACUCCAAUCACCCGUAGCAAGGCCACACAGAAAUCCGUAAGCACUCAAGACUAAAAAGGCAAGGAGGAGAAGGUACCGGAAAUGCAUCCAGCUGUAAAGACCCUCUAGGCUGGAGUUAAAAAGCGGAUAAACCUCCCUUAGGGAAGAUCUUUGAUGACUGCGUAACCAAUAUACUAACGCCUGACUUUAAUAACCUCUCUUAGCCUAACCCCAAUCUAAAAAGAUUGUACGCUGGUAAUACCGCUGCAACAGCAAAAGAUGUAGCCUUGAUAAUUUCAGGAUAUAAAAGGUUAGAAUUCUUAGAUUUAACCCUUCCCUCCAUGAGUGAACAAAACGGUUAGAAAAAUCCCUUUUUUUACCCAAAAACUCAUCGCGAGCGAAAAAAAAAAUUAUGAAAAAGAUUUCGAUAUAUGAGUGAUAAUUAUUAUAGCGAAAUCUCUUCCUAAUUCUGUUUAAUUUUAAACAGCUUUCAUUUUAAAAUAUAAUUUUUACAAAUUAAAUAAAUAUUUUCUUUACAGUUUUUGCAAAUUGGAAUGAAAAAAAUUUAACCCCUCUCCAUGAACGAACAAAAUUUAUUUGUUAGUUCAUGUAGCGGUGGAGUAAGCAAUUCCCCAUAUCUUAAAGAUAUUGAAAAAGAUUCAGAAGCCCUUAAUUGCAUUUUAUCAUCAAACCUGAAGACUUUGUUUAUAUCACUUGAAGAGCAAAAUAGCGUUGUAGAUGUGAUAAGAAAUAAAGGUAUAAGAGUAGUUACUCAGAAUCUUGGCGAAAUCUUAAGAGAUGUCAUUGAGGAAGCAAACACAAGCAAGCUCGAGGAGUGACUAAAAUAUGGUGGAGAUGUAAAUUUAUAUGAAUUUAAAUUUGAGGUAAACCAAGAAUGAGCAAAUCCGUUGAUUCGGCUUACUGAGUUAAGUAUAGAUGUGGAGUUGCUGGAGAAAAUAAUCAGAAUAAUUAUAAAGAGCGGAGCAAACUUAUCCCAUGAAUUCUUUUGUGCGGUCAUUGCCAAAAAUAUGAUACGGUUGGUGAGACUUCUGAUGAAGUCUGGUUGCAAUAUUUGAUAUACAGGAUACUAUUUUAGGAAUAAUUCCGACAUAAUGAAUGUUUAUUCAUACAAUUAUUGACUUGUAGCUAUAACAUGAGCAGCAAAAGUGACAUGUGAAACCCAAGAUUUUUCAAUAUUAGAUAUUUUAGUUGAUGAUGGCGUUCAUAAGAUAGAUUUUUUUGACAAUUUCGCUGAAUGCACUCCUUAUUGCAUAGCUAUUGAAAAUGAAGAUAUUAAACUGUUUUCUUAUUUAAUUCACAAAAAAUUUGCGUUUUGGAAGUGCAAAGGCUCCUAUAAGUCCGAACAUUUGAAUCCCCUUAUUUUCCAUCCGAAAAUCCUGGGUGAGGAGGGUUAGGCCGACUGUUGUAACUUAGUCUACGAUUUUGUAGUGACAGCUAGAUCACCUCAAAAUGGGCGACAUAGGUAUUGGAAAUUUUUAAAAAAUUUCCAAGAUUUUUAUCAGAGCCGGCCUAUGUGGACAGGGAGGAAUCGGGGGUAAUCGACUUAGGCCAGAUAGACCAAAAAAUAUAGAGAUAGGCCGGAUGCAGAAAUUUGGUAUAGUGUUAGGCCGAAAAUUAUUUUUUUUUUUUUUAGGCGAAAAAAAAGUAAAAAAGUUUUAAUAGGGUUAGGCCGAUUUUAUAUAUAAUUUUUUCCUUAAUUCUUCUUCCCUAACUCGCCAAAAAAAAAUUUUUUUUUUUCUCGGCCUAAAUCUAUUGUGAAUAAAAAAAAAAAACUUUUCGGCCUAACACUAUACGAAAUGUUUGCAUCCGGCUAUCUCUAUUUAUUUUUUGUGAUCCGGCAUAAGCCGAUACCCCCGAUUCCUCCCUGUCGGCAUUGGCCGGCUCUGAUAAAUAUUGGAAAUUUUUAAAAAUUUCCAAUACCUAUGUCGCUAAAUUUUAGUAAAAAAAAACUAUCACUACAAAAAAAUAGACAUAACUUCGUAGGUCGGCCUGUCUCAAUCUUUAUGUUAGGGUUAGGCCGACCUGCAAAGUUAUGUCUAUUAUUUUGUAGCAAUAGCUUUUUUUGAUUAAAAUUUAGCGACAAGGUAUUGGAAAUUUUUAAAACAUUCCAUAUUUUUUUUAUCAAGCCGGCCUAUGCCGGCAGGGAGGAAUCGGGGGGUAUCGGCUUAGGUCGGCUAGUCAAAAAUAAUUAGACAUAGGCCGAAUAUUUUUUUUUGUUGCAGUAGUUUUAGGCCGAAACCCAAUAAACUAGGAAAAAUUUCAGGAGGGUUAGGCAGAAAUACUUAAGGUAUAAUCAGGUUAGAGCAAUUUUUGCAGUGAAAAGUCAUUACUUUAAAGUUUAUUCUGUGCAAUAACUGAUUUCUACAUAAUACUAAUAAUUAUAUUCUGGACAAUACCUCAAGACGAUGGGUGCUUCCAUCAUUUGUAGAUCAAGACUUGGAUCAUCUAAUGGAAUAAAUUUAUUUUAUUAAUCGUAGCAAUAUUAUUUUUUAAACGAGUUUUAUAUCAUAUAGAUUAAGGCUUAAGGAUUAUUUCAUAUAUUCAUACAAUAUUCUUACAAUAUUCUUACUAUAUUUUAUUAAAUUAAUUUAUCUGAAAAAAUAACAUAUAUAAUCGGCAUAACACGACUGUAUUUUUUUCGGUCUAAGUCUAGUGCUAAAAAUAAAAUUUUAAAAAUACGGCCUAAAUCUAUUGCCAAAAAAAAAAAAAAUUUCUGGUCUAACACUAUACCAAAUUUUCGCAUCCGGCCUAUCUCUAUAUUUUUUGGUGAGUCGGCAUAAGUCGAUACCCCCUAUUGGGAUAGGCUGGCUCUAAUAAAGAGGCUGUGAUUUAAUUGGAAAUUUUUAAAAAUUUCCAAUACCUAUGUCGCGCCAUUUUGAGGUGAUCUAGCUAUCACUACAAAAUCGUAGACCUAGCUACAACAGUCGGCCUAACUCUCCUCACCUGAAAAUCCUUGAUUAUGCUUUUACUUCAGGCAAUUUUAGUUUGGACGAAUUUCCAUUUGAUUGAGUUUACGACGGGCUUAGAUAUUAUUUAAGCAACAAUAAUCUAAAAGGAGCGUCCAGCCUAUUACAAAAUUUGAUUCUUUGGGGAAUAAAAGAAAAAGAAAAAGAGCUAGUAGUACAAAAUAAAUCUACAAAUUUUUGCUGCCUUUAUAAAAGUAUAGUGUGUUUAGCUUAUAAUCAUAAUAAAGGCUGCAAAAAAAUGUUAGAAUAUCUUUUGGAGCAAGGAUUUGACCUAAAUAGUGUUUGUGAGCAUGAAACUCCCCUGUUUAUAAGUGCUGCUGAAUAUGGAGACGUAGAAAUGAUGGAAUUUUUUUAUAAAAAUGGAGCGCAAAUUAACGUCCAGGAUUUUCGUGGAUACACAGCUCUACACUCAGCUUCAGCUAAUGGACACGAAAAAGCCGUAAUGCAGCUAAUUGAUUGAGGGGUAUCUACUUCUAUAACAAAUAAUAAUGGAAGUACUGCUUUAAUGCUUGCUGAAAUGAAUAAUAGGAUAAAGAUCUGUGAGCUUUUACAAAUUUAUGAAGAAAAACAAAAAUCAGAACAUAAAAAAAAGUGUGCUAUUAUCUAA